UCGACUGAGUAACGUGUAUCUCCGAGUUCAGAGGGUAAUGGUUGGAUGAAGAUGGCUGUCGGCAAACGGAGGUGUUGGCAGUAAGCGAAAUGGCUCACAGAACUAGACUCUUGUUUAGCCAUCAUUACUACACUUGAAAUGCAGAGCUAUAUGCAUUUCUGAUAAUUAUUAUAUUUUGACAUUUUUGUCGAGGAGGGCUGCAUAAUGGUGCACGUGUACGAGUUCAUGUGGCGGGUUUUGCAUGUCCUUCUCCACAUUCAUAGAACGUUUAUCACUUUGUUCCGAAUCCGUCUUCGCAAUUGGAAUGGGCAGCUAUGGUCACGAGCCUUAGCGGCGCUUCUUGUGCCGAUAGCUCUCUCGUUUCCCAAACAGAAAAAGCUCGUUCCUGCACCCGGUAAACGCGUUGGUCGUCGGUAUCGCUGGGGGGCGGAUGGGAAAUCCCUGGAGAAGCUGCCUGACCAUAUCGGCUUGUUGAUAGCGGAAGAAGAGCCGAGAUACACAGACAUUGCCAACCUUGUCGUGUGGUGCAUGGCAGUCGGCAUAUCUUAUAUCAGUGUGUACGAUAAUCACGGUGUGUUCAGGAGGAACAACUCCAGGCUGAUGGAGGAGAUCCUGAAGCAGCAGCAGGAGCUCCUGGGUCUGGAAGGCUCCAAGCAGCACUCUGUAGAGUUCCUCAGCAAUGGCACUGACAAACAGGACCAUCAAGUGCUGUCGUGUCAGUCAGUGGUGAAGGUGCUGUCUCCAGAUGAUGGGAAGCUGAGGAUCGUCCAGGCAGCACAGGAGCUGUGUAGAGCUGUGGAACAGAUGGAGAAGACAGCCAAAGACAUCAACGUCACUGUGCUUGACUCUCUACUCAGAGAGUCGAAGACUACACCAGAUCCUGACCUGGUUCUGAAGUUCGGCCCAGUAGAAAGCACCCUGGGGUUCCUGCCCUGGCACAUCAGACUGACAGAGUUCAUCUCCUUACCCUCCCAUGUGGAUGUCUCCUAUGAGGACUUAUUCAGCGCCCUUCAGCACUACUCCUCCUGUGAGCAGCGGCUGGGGAAGUGAGUGAUUGGCCAGGCCCCCUUCAGAGGAUUGGGAACGACAGGGGUGGGGUAGGAGCUGCCCUUGCCCCUCCUCCUCCCGGGUCUCUGUUUACAGUGCAGGCGCUAGAGAACAAGCAGACAGCGUACCGCCACAUUGAAUCGCAUCUCCACCACCACUCACUCACUGUUUCUCUGCUCAUCUGGAACGCGCAAGGCUUGCCAGGCCACCUCUGUGAGGCAUGCUGGGUAGUACGGGCCCUGCCAAGGUAGCGUCACGCACUGAACAUCUACCCCCACGUCAGUCAGAUUAACGAGGAACCAACAUCACCUGAAGGACAUGGUUAGCAGUAUGGUAUAAAUCUAGUUUAGCUUCGCUUCUCUCUCUGUUUGCUCUAGAUCCUGCUGUGCCCCUGAGGUAUGGCUGAGGAUGACGUUCUGCUGCUCUGAAGGGUGCGAUGUGUUGAGAGGGGUGUGUGAGGCAAAAUGUUUAGUGCUGAACAACAUUUCUCCACAUCGCUCAUCAGGAGGUCUCUCUAUCUCUGACUACGUGGGGGACCUCCUUGGGGGUUUGAAUGGAAAUGUGCUUCAAAUAUAGCGCUUGAUCAAUGUGGAACGAGAGCUCUGUAAUCCAUGACUAUACUCUGCUCAUGAUGUGAAGGAUGCCCGACUACAUGGUUGUACUUUUAAGUCUUUAUUCCAAGUUACUAUUGGUGGACUGUGUCUGCUUGUGUACGUGUGUGAAGCUCAGCCAGCAUGUCACACUUAACCUACACUAAAUCCAAUCUUUGAAGAAAGAGAAAGCAGUUGUCUGUAUACAAUGUGACCAUCACUACUCUUUCUAUUGCUCCGUCCAUAACGUGAAGAUGAUUGCAUAUUGAACUGCCCCGUAAGAAUCCACAGUGCUGCCUCCGGUUGUUCAUCCAUGUUGUUGGUCUGCUAUUUCCUUAUCUCAUGAACUCUUUUUAAAACCCAGAUUCAGUGUUUUCUUUCUCUCUGGUUAGAUGGCAUACAGUAGUAUUUUCACCAUCAUGCUAACUUUUCAUACCAAUGGGACUAAAACUCCCAAUCCUUCACUAGCUAAGGUGCCAGCGGUUGAGUUGUCAUUGGAAGGUUUGGUGGGUUGUUCCACAUGGAGCCUGUCGGUUUAAAUGAUCAAUAAAUGUUACUGAAAACCCAAUA